AGAAGCACAAAGUGCUGGAUCAGCUCCUGAUGGAGCUCCACCGCCUCCUGCUCAUCCUGGACAAGGAGACCCUGAGCGGGAACGCCACCAUCCAGAAGUGCCUGCUGUCGGAUCUCCUCCAGUCCUACAAGUCGUCGAGUGGCGCUGAUGAAGAGUAUAUUUACAUGAAUAAAGUUCUUAUUUCGGGGACAAAGGACAACAAUGACAAGCAAUUUGACGCCCUGGUCAACGGAAAAGCAACGAAAAAUGUCCUGGUUCCACAGAAGAGCCUUCCUGACCUGCCGCCUCCCAGAGCUGGUGCCACAGGUCGAGAACCCUUCCCCUUGCCUGCAAUUCCAGUUCCAGCCUGUAUGGACUUUUCAGAGAGUUACUAUGAGGAGGCCCAACCCUAUGAGGAAACUGUCAAUGAUGACGGAGAGGCAGUUAGCAGUUCAUACGAGUCCUAUGAUGAGGAGGAAGUGACCAGAGAAAAGUCAUUGUCAGCUCAGCACCAGUGGCCAUCAGCAGAGGCGUCCAUUGAGCUGAUGAAGGAUGCUCGCAUAUGUGCCUUCCUUUGGAGAAAAAAGUGGCUUGGCCAGUGGGCUAAACAGCUCUGUGUCAUCAAAGACUAUCGCCUGCUGUGCUAUAAAAGCUCUAAAGAGCAAACCCCACUGCUGGACGUGAGUCUGCAGGGCUGCAGUGUGACUUACAAAGAGAAGCAGCCAAGGAAAAAACACAAGCUGAAGAUCGUCCCAGUCGGAGGGGAGGCCAUUGUUCUGGGCCUGCAAAGCAACGAACAAGCUGAGCAGUGGCUGAAGGUUAUUCAAGAGAUCAGUCUCAAGCCAGCUGAAAACUGUGACCUCCAACACCCUGCGUCCGAGUUACCAAAGCUUAUUUGCACAAAGGGCGAACUGUAUGAGAGACACUCGGUGGCUUCAGAGAGCGGCAGCAGCACAGACAGCCAUGCUGAAAUGACAGAAAAAGAUGUGAAGAAAAAAUCAGGUGCAGGUUUGAUGUUCAGUAACCUGAUGAACAUCGCCAAGAGAAAACCCUCAGCAUUAGAGAGCCCUGAGAAGAGUAUUGACACCUCAGGAUACCUCAACAUACUGGUGAACAGCCAGUGGCGGCCAUGCUGGUGUCUCAUAAAGAACGGACAGCUGUGGCUCUACCAAGAAAAGGGGAAGAACAAACUGAGCCAGCCAGUUGUGACGCUGGAGGGCUGCAACAUUUUGCCCGACCCCAGCCCCGAGCACCUCUACUCCUUCAGGAUUGACAUGGGCGGCACACAGCUGGCAACUCUAGAGGCAAAAACAUCGGCAGAUAUGGGUAACUGGCUGGGCCUGUUGUUGUCACAGACUGGGACCAAAACUGACCCAGAAGACCUCACUUACGACUACGUCAAUGCUGAGAGGAUCUCUACAAUCAUCAGCGCUGCAAAGACGUCCUUCUACUUGAUGCAAAGGAGGUAUUCAGAGACAAAUACAUAUAUAGACACCAUUCCUUCCAUUUCUCAAGACUCCAAUGAGCUGUACGAUGAUGAUGCUGAAGAGAACAGCGAGCCAAACCGUGAGGAGAACAAAGUCCAGGAGGUUAAUGAACUUACCAAGGAGCCUGCAGAUGCAGAACAAGACAGAAGCAAAAUUUAUCUGGACCUAGUUCCUUUGCCCUCCUUCCUCCAUCCAGUGAGUGGACAUAAAACCUCCCCUCACAAGGAAACGUCUAGUGCAUCUCCAGUCCAUGUAGAGGAACACCGGGAUCAUUCGAGUCAAAAUAAGGAGAUCGUUUCCACCAGUCGCACCGAGCCAGAUCCAGCUCCCGCAUUAAACGGGCCGACGUCAACCCCUGCCACAAGCAAGCCAGAGCACAUACAAUCACCGACUCACCCUCAAGCACAGCUGCACUCUCAACUAAUCAAGACCUCGUCCCAAAGUCAGGAGAGCUCCAAGAGGCUCAGUCUUGGAGUCCCACAAGCCCUCGGUUCUCCUGGGGUGCAAACCCCUAAGGGCCUAACAACUCAGACUGUUGCCAACUUAUUCCCCAACAGUCCGCAAUCUGGACGGCUGAAGGCACAUACCAUAGGGAGUUCUAGUGCUGUAGAGAUAAAACUUGGCAAGAACCGCACUGAGGCGGACAUGCGACGCUACACAGACGAGCGAGAUUGUCUGGAGAAAGAAAGAGAGGAGGUGAGGAGCAGUCUGGCCAACCUGAAGAGGGUGAGGAGGGAAACCAAGGAGGAGCUCAACGCCUGCCAGGAUCCCAAGUGUCAAGUCAUCUUAGAGGUCCGUCUGAAGAAGAAGGAGGAGGAGUGUCGAGAGGCAGAGCGCCGCAGGGUGGAGGUGGAGCUCCGACUGGUGGAAGUGAAAGAAAGUCUGAAGAAAGUGGAGGCGGGGCCUUUCACUCUGGGGACCACCCUGGACAGCAGCCUCCAGGACACACCGGUUGCAUCAGCAGCAUCUUCCCAAACCAACAACACCAAUGCAGAGCCGGCUUCUCCAGUCAACUCUGCCACAGCUCUCAAAACCAGGCCCGCCUCCAUCCUGGCCACGAAAGGCAAAGUCUUACAAAAGGCGAAGGAAUGGGAGAAAAAAUCCACCACCUAGAAGCAAACUUUGUACCACUGUUCGCUACAUCUGUGUCAGACAGUGACACCCUCCUUCCAUGGAGCCUCAUCAGUUCAGCACCAAGACUAAGACAAGCCAGUCGGACAGAGACACGAGGUCUCUUCUUGAUACCACUGGAUAUUCUUUAACAAAGACUUGUUGAGUUGUUUUGCUCUAAUCGCAAAGGAAAAACUAUUGGAAGUAGCAGCA